CCUGCAUGUAUACCUGAAUGCUCUUCCAGAGCUGCUCCUGCUGUCAUGUAGACUCAUGUUCUCAUGUCCAGGCCACAUUCAGGUUACAGCACAUGUAGGAUUUUUUUUCGCUCCCUCCAUGGCGGUGUCUCGCUGCAUCUGAGUGAUGGGCUGCGGGAACAGUAAGGUGCUGCCUGAGGCAUCCAAGAAGGGCUAUGUAAGUGUAGUGCAAUCGCUUGUGGCUUUUAGCAAAGCACAUGAUGAUGAGCCGAAGAAGCGUGCGAAGAAGCAAAGAGGUCUGUGGUUUCCCACCGGCGUUAAGAAUCUUCAACCAGCAUCAAACAGCCAACAGCAGAUACUCAGAGAUGGACGACGCCAGGGCACAAAGUAUAAGGACAAGUUUGAUCCACGGGUGACAGCAAGAUACGACAUCAAGGCUCUGAUCGGUCGAGGAAGCUUCAGCCGCGUUGUGCGCGUGGAGCACAGGGCGACUCGCCAGCCCUUCGCCAUUAAAAUGAUGGAGGUGGAGGCCCCGGAGGGCCGCGAGGUGUGCGCCUCGGAGCUGGCGGUGCUGCAGCGGGUGAGCCACUCUCAUGUGAUUCAGCUGAUCGAGGUGUUUCAGUUCCCGCGGCGGGUUUACAUGGUGCUGGAGCUGGCCACGGGCGGGGAGCUGCUGGACCGCGUCGUCAGCAGGGGCCACUUCACGGAGAGGGACGCUACGCAGGCCCUCCGGAUGGUGCUGGCUGGGGUGGGGCACCUGCACAACCUGGGGAUCACCCACAGGGACUUGAAGCCUGAGAAUAUUCUGUACUACCACCCCGGGGCCGACUCCAGGCUGCUCGUGACCGACUUUGGACUGGCCUCUUUUGGCGGCACAGGGUCUGAGAUUCCUGACAGAAGCGACGGUGGAGACCACCCUGGAGCAGACAGGACUUGGUCCCUCAGAACCACCUGUGGAACCCCUGAGUACAUGGCCCCGGAGGUGUUGCUAAGGAGACCCUAUUCCUGUGCGGUGGACAUGUGGGCGCUGGGCGUCAUCGCCUACAUCGUGCUGAGCGGAUCCAUGCCGUUUGAGGACGACAGUCGCACGCGGCUCUACAGAUCCAUUGUGAGAGGGAAAUACAGCUUCCAUGGAGAUCCUUGGCCCUCAGUGUCCAACCUGGCCAAGGACUUCAUCCAACGCCUGCUGCCGUUGGACCCGGCUUCGCGCCUGACCGCCGACCAAGCCAUCCGUCACCCCUGGGUGGUCACCAUGGCAGCCAGCUCCUCCAUGAGGAACCUCCAUCGAUCCAUUUCUCAGAACCUCAGGCAGCGCACAUCACGCAGCUCCUCCCGGUGCAUGAGCAGCGCCGUGAGCUCUGGCGAGUCCAACGGCGCGGGCCCGGGGAGGCUGGUGUCGCUGGAGGAAAACCAAGAGCAGCAGCAGGGCAGAGCAUCUGGACCGACUCUGCCUCAGAGAGCCGUACAAACAUCCAGCCAGAGGGUUCCAGGAGCAUCAUCACCACCCAACUAAAGCACCAGAUUCAUGAGAGGGCUAAUGGGUGGAACCAGCUGCCCCGGCUCAGUGUGUGCUGCAAUCUCAAACCUCAGAGCUGCAAACGGGGAGCCAAAGUGUCUGGGACAGGUGUUGUGACAAAAAAAGUUUCCUCCCAUCUCUGGACUUGAUACAGGCUUCUCCACUAGACUAAUAACCCCGCUUCCCCUGAAGGCUGAGUUCCAUCCUCCAUUAGUUUCUCGUGGUCGGGUUAAGCUGUUAGUGAAUAUCCUUCGGUUUUGAGGUCCAGGCUUAUAUUGAGACGGAGCUGUCGUCCUCCACAAGGUCUCUAGCCCCUGGUUAUUCACACAGCUCAGACUAAUGGGUCCAAGGUCUCAUCUAGAUCAUUAUGAGUCACCACAUUACCUGCCUGUGAGGAGGUUCAUUCCAAAAAAUGAGAAAUUCAUCAUUUGAGAAAUGGGAGCUAAUCUUAGCGAGGAUGAUGCAAAAGUAGAAGCUUCUUCCGCUCCCAUCUUUUUGUUUUAACUCCCCAACACCAAACAACAGGAAGAUUUAUCCUUUUUUAACAUUUCGAGGAAGAGAGAAGCACAUUUUCUUUUGUGUUCAACUCCGCCUACAUAGCAGCACCCACAGCCCUGUUUAACCACUGAAAGCACAAUCCAGAUAUUUGGUGACAGGCCUCUGUCAAGUUAAAAUGAAGCUCUCUGGGUUUAAAGAGCUCUCCCCCAAACAUUAUGUAAGCUGCAAACAACAGCGUUCUCCAAAUAAACCCUUUUUUUUUUUUUUUCCAGUGAGAAGUUUUGAAUUAAAAUGCUAAUAUUAGUAUGCGACAGGAGUGCAUUAAGCUGCGAAUAGCAUGCAAAACAUAAUUACCAGUGAGGUUCAGUCAUGUUUAGCAACAUCAUUAUGUAUUGUGGAUUUGUUCCUGUUUUAUGUUUUAAUCAUUUAUGAUUAAUGCUUUUGGUUGCAGAUGAUAAGUAAUGCAUCGGAGUCUACAUACAAGGAUGUAUAAUAUCUGGAUGAUAGACGCAUUUGAACAGAAGGACUAGUAGAGGGAAUAGACAAAAACAAUGUAAACACCAUGGGGAAAGGACUGGAAAAGUGGUAUUUUGUCAUCUAAGAACAUGCAAUGUUUCCUUCUGCCCUUUUGGACUUACAUUAAUUUAUUGAUGUUUUGUGCAAUCGUGUAUUUUUCAACGGAGAUGAAAGACAAUUUUGUCCUGUUCAUGGACGUCAUACUUCACCGACAGUCACUCAAGUCCCAGAUGGAAAUACGAUUUUUAGCUGUUUUGUGCUAUUACAGAUGUUUUUUUUUAGCUUCAGAUAUAUAUGUAUCUUUUUAAUUAUUGAAUAAAUUCA